AUGUCCGCUCGGCUAUUCCAGAAAUCAGACUACAAUGUUUCAAAGCUUACGACUAUAGUCGAGGAUUUUGAUCUACUAGACCAUGAAGCGUUAGAUGAUAAACCCGAACCAGCAAAAGCUUCAAGUUCAAAAGUCAAGUUUUUGGAUACAAAACCUAAAGUAGUCGAAUUUCUCGAAAGCAUUCGCGUUAUUUCUUCAACUACGCCAUAUCUUUAUAUCGACAUAGAGGGAAUAGAGCUGUCGCGACAUGGUAACAUUUCUAUCUUAGAGGUUUACGUCCUCCCAGCCGGCAAAACCUAUUUACUAGACAUCUACACCUUGCAAGAGAAGGCGUUCUCAACGCUAGACUCACGAGAAACAACUCUGAAGAGAAUCCUGGAAUCGAACGAGAUCAAAAAGGUUUUUUUCGACGUACGAAACGAUUCGGACGCAUUGUUUGCUCACUACGGAAUUCACCUUGCUGGAAUCCAUGAUCUUCAGUCAAUGGAACUCGUCACUCGGUCCUACAGCAAGAAAUUCGUCACAGGUCUUGGCAAAGGUAUCGAAACGGACGCUCCGAUUACACCCACUGAAAGACUAGAUUGGACCCGUGCCAAAGAACGCGGUAGAGAACUCUUUGCGCCAGAGUGUGGCGGGAAGUACGAAGUAUUCAACAAUCGCCCAUUGUCACAGGAUAUCCUGCAAUAUUGCUGCCAGGAUGUUGAAUUCCUACCUACACUUUGGAAGACAUACGAUGAUAAGAUGACCUCGAAGAAACGAGAGUGCGUUGUGAAGGAGAGUAUCAGGCGAGUUAAUCUAUCCCACAUGCCUAAUUAUGAUGGAAAGGGAAGAUCAAGGGCUCUGGCCCCUUUUUGCUUUGUCUGA